UAAGCCCUUCUCUUCUGCGACUAAUUUUCCCGACCGAACGAACAACAUUGUUCCCUCCCUCUCGCUCUCGCCAUGGAAGAAGAAACGUCAAAGCUACAACAGUUUCCAGAGAGUUUUCUUAGCUUUCUAGAGGCGAAUGGCCUUGAUCCUUCAAUCUACACUCGCGGAGAUUCAAUUCCACGCUACGUAAGGUUGAAACCAGGAGGGUUCGAGAAUGCUGUCCAAGAGAUUGAAUCGCAAAUUAACUGUAAACUGGACAAGGUGAAGUGGUUGCCUGGUUUCUACUCUAUUCCUCCACAUGUUCAUAUAGCCAGAUCCAAGGCGUAUCAGCAAGGCAUGAUGUACGGAAUCGAUGCAGCUUCCGGUGCUGCUGUUUCAGCUCUUGGUAUCUCCCCUGGAGACCAUGUCUUGGAUCUUUGUGCUGCUCCUGGUGCUAAACUAUGUAUGAUGCUUGACCUACUCGGUGACAAGGGCUCUGCGACUGGUGUCGAUGUAGCAAGGCAUCGUCUUGCUGCCUGCAGAACAUUGCUUCAAAAAUACGGGCUUGGUGAAAGGAGCAGACUUUUUCUUGCUGAUGGAACCAUUUUCUCAGUGCCACCUACCACAAACCUAACGUGUGAUGAGCCAUGUGUGGACGAUCAUGAAGACACAUUCAAGCAGUGGACUUCCCGUCGACCUUACAAAGUUAGGAAACAAGAAGCUAAGGCCAGGAAGAGUUCUUCUGUUUUGCCGCAGAAUGGACAGCCGGAAAUUAUCUUCUACGGGCAGAGUUCUGGAGUAAUCGGACUAAAAAAGAAGCAACUAUAUAGAUCCCUCGACGAAAAUGAUUAUGCGUAUUGCGGCUAUGACAAGGUUCUUGUGGACGCAGAAUGUACACAUGAUGGUUCAAUCAAACAUAUCCAGAAAUUUGAGCAAUGGGGUUGGACAACGCUGGAACGCCGUGUACUAGAUGCCGAAAGAACCGAUAUAAGUUUAGCAUCUCUUCAGCUGAAUCUACUGAGAAAUGGAUUCAGAUUGUUGAAAGAAGCCGGCACCCUUGUGUACAGCACAUGCAGUUUGACGCAUGCCCAAAACGAAGAUGUGGUAGAUCAGUUCCUUGCUGAAAAUUCCUCUGCAGAACUACAAGAGAUUGAAAUGGCCAAAGAUUGGCCAUGUAGAAGUGGUCGCACGCCUAAAACACUGCGUUUUGAUCCGGCCACCUCAGCAACCAGCGGCCUUUUCGUUGCAAAAAUCAGGAAAUUGGCACCCGAAGAAGCAGAGAAGAAUGUGUUGUGAUGCAUCUGUUAUCGAUUCUACAAUCUCACUCAGAAGGGUCAAGAGAUUCACUUUUACGUUUUGGUUAUUUCGCCCCCGGUGGAUUUGUCGAUGCCUUAUAAAACUAUACAUUGACCAAAGAGAUGACAAUAAUUAAGAAUAAACCAGGAAAAUGUGUAAAAGCUCUGUUUUAAAGGUGAUGGUGUAAAUCAGCUGCAGAAAAGAAGCGUGGUUUUUGAAACAGAGAAAGUUUUAGCCUUUCAAAGGAAGAAGAAAGCAUACUUUACAAAACAUUAUCAGCAAUUUUCACGGUUUGUAAAGGAAAUAUAAGAAGAAAAAUUCACAAAACUUUGCUAUAUUGUCGCAAGAAAUAUAGCAUUAUGAAUAACAACAACAAGUAAGAGAGAGUACAGUAGUUUGGUUGGUAUUGAUGCUCUCUUUUGAAUGGUUUUGAUGGAUCAAAUCUUUCAGAAAGAAGAAAGAAGCAGAUUUGACAAUGUUGCA